CCUCGUCCUCUCCUCCUCCCUCCUGCGUGUCGUACGUAUAAAAUGGACGUGCCCCCCUUCUCAUCUGCAACGGCGCGAGAGAUCGGGAGGGAGCUGGUGGAGCUGGAGAUGGGAUCUGCGGCGGCGGAGUUCGGUUUGGACUUUAAGCUCUGCGCCAUGAGGACCGUCGGUGGCUUUCUAAAAGAGGCGGCGGCGGCGGUUCAGAGCAGCGAUGGUGGGGUCGCGAAGUUGGAGAACUCCGUGAGGAGCUUGGAGGAGGAGCGGAGAAAGAUCGAGGCCUUUAAGCGCGAGCUCCCCCUCUGCAUGCUUCUCCUCACCGACGUGAUCGAGGGGUUGAAGAAGGAGCUUGAGAGGUGCCGGGGCGACAGAUUCGUGCAUGUCUUCCAAGAGCUAAUGCCCAUCAGGAGUAGGUACGAAGAGGAGGGUGGGGCGAAGCUGGAAGUCGACUGCAAGGAUAAGAAGAAAUGGAUGAGCUCCGCUCAGCUGUGGAGCGAUUAUUCUAGCGACGACAACAGGAACGAUGAUGACCAGAGCGUGGCGGAUGAGAGAGAUGGAGGACCAGAUGGCCAGGAGGAGGAGGAGGAGAACUUGUGCUUAGAAUCCAAGAGUGGCGCCGACACGUUUGUGCCAUUUAAGGGCAUGGCGGCGCUUGUGAUGAGCUCAAAGCAGGAGGUGAGUCCCACGGCGGUGCUGUCCGAUCUCUCCCUGCGUUCACCUGCCGUCGGGAGCGCCUCUUUCCCCGUUUCUGUCGUCGCUGGGAACCAUCCUGGCAGCGGCGCGGUCUCUAAGUGCGUUGGUCGAGCACCGCCGUCGACGGCAGGUGCCCACCUUAGCUUGCAGCUCCAGCAACAGAGGAAGGCGAGGCGGUGCUGGUCUCCGGAGCUACACCGCCGGUUCGUCCUCGCUCUCCAGCAGCUCGGUGGCGCUCAAGUGGCAACUCCAAAGCAGAUCAGAGAACUGAUGAAGGUGGAUGGUCUCACCAACGAUGAAGUGAAGAGCCAUCUGCAGAAAUACCGAUUGCACACUCGAAAGAUGCCUAAUGCUUCACCUCCUGCUACCCGACCGGUUGUGGUUUUGGGAGGCUUGUGGGUUCCUCCUGAGAACCACACCGCACCACCACGGAAGAGUGUUUCCCAGUCUGGCUCUCCUCAAAGCCCUCUUCAGUUGGCCGAUGCCCGCCGAGCCAUCUCUCCGACCGCUGGAGAUAGCUGUGAGGAAGAAGGUGGGAAGUCAGAGUGCCACAACUGGAGAUGAGGAGAAUUUGCUGCUGGACUCAGUAAACAAGAAAGCAGCUUGUGGGAUCGGAGAAGAAUAAUAUGAAAGAGAGGCUUUUAGGAGCAUUGUGAAGAGACUGACAUAGUACUUCCCAUGUAUAGAGAUGUGGAGAGUUUUGUGGAUACAGUACUUGCCAAGAUCUGAUCGGAUUGGAGCAGAGUCAAUAGUAGCUUUUGCUGGUUAGAGAAGACUCUCGAGUGCUCCUCAUAUGAGAUUUUAAGCAGGUUUUCCUACAUUAUUAGUAUCUCAAUUUUCCUGUAAGUUUUAGUCCCCAUAAUAUUGGUCUGCUGGUUUUCGACAAGAUUGGAUCUUGAAGCAUUGCCAAAACUUUGUCUGCUGCUAUUUGGUAAUCUUCAUGGAAGAUGAGGCAGGAGAAAAGGUGUAGCUGUUAAUUGCAUCUGCUGCUGAGCUAAUAGUUCCAUAUCAAUCCUUUUUUUUCUCUUCAUGAAGCCAGAUUUUUCUUGUGAUUAACCGAAAACAUAUAGUUCAAAUCAUCCUGCAACACUCAGUGCUCACUCUCAAUGAAUUCAUAUGGCUUCAGGUGAUACCUUCAGGCCAGUCCUUUGUCUGCCACAUCUUCUUUGUGUGCUGCAAAGCAGCCUUGGUCUGUCAGCACCAGCAAUUUAGCUUCUCUCUUCCAAGUAGAACAUUUUGCUGCCAUCCAUCAGAGCUUUCUGUUGCUUCUGAUCUCAAGGUUUUCUACAUCCAGCAUUUCUGUGAGCAGCACAGAAGAGACAUUCCACUGCAUUUGGGCAUGAGAUAAAGCCAAAGCAUCAAGAAUCAUUUCAGGCACAGUAGGGCCAGUUGUGGCAUCGAGGAUCAUUUCAUCAUGCAUCUGCUUGCCUGACAGAGUGCAUCCUCUCAUGGAUUCUACUCACUGCUUGCUAGUAGCAUGCCAUUGCUAUUUCACAUGAUGUCCCCAGCUGCCUUCUGAGACUCUUCCCCCCACUGCUCUAUUUCUGAGAGAUGCUGUCUUCCUCAGUGUCUAAAGAGGUUUGUACAAAGGAGAGAUUAAGACCCAAAUGCAUAACCUGCAGAUUCCAUCCUUCUCUCAGUUACUCUGAA